GGUUAGACGCUGAUGUGCUGAUCUCAUAUGACCAACAUUCAAAUGGAGGACUCAUCUCUGCAGCUGCUGCUGGUUCUGACUUCACUGCUGACCAUCCCAACAUACCAAGUCUCUCUGACUGUGAGUCCCAGCAGCUCUCAGAUGUUUAAAGGACAGUCUGUCUCUCUGAGCUGUGAGGAGGACGACAGCUCUGCUGGAUGGACUCUGAGGAGGAACACAACCAGAGAAAACAGGACUCAGUGUGGAGAUGUCUGGGGAAGAUCUGCUGGUUCUAAUUCUUCCUGUAACAUCAGCUACAUGGUCCCAUCGGACAGUGGAGUUUACUGGUGUGAGUCCAGAGAGGGAGCAACCAGUAACAGCAUCACCAUCACUGUCACUGGUGGACCAGUGAUCCUGCAGAGUCCUGUCCUCCCUGUGAUGGAGGGAGAAGACCUCACUCUGACCUGUAGAACAAAGAUGUCCUCCAACCUCCCAGCUGGUUUCUAUAAAGAUGGCUCCUUCAUCAGGACUGAGCCUGCAGGUCACAUGACCAUCCACCAUGUUUCCAGGUCUGAUGAAGGCCUCUACAAGUGUCUCAUCAGCAGUGUUGGAGAGUCUCCACCCAGCUGGGUCUCUGUCACAGGAGAGGAAGUUAAAGUCGGUGGUUUGGUUCUCCUUGUUCCCCUGGUUCUCCUGGUUCUCCUGGUUCUC